CAUUUUCUGAUGGAAAUGGAGAUGCCGCUGCAAAUAAUACCUGAAUAUUUCAGGAAUUCAGAAACCAGGCCAACAAUAAACGUCCAAAAGAAAGCCAAGAUUUCAGCGCCAAAGGUUUUUGAGCCACAAACUGUUCAGCCAGUUCAUGGUCUAAUGUGGCAAAUGUCACCCCCUCAAAUCAAGCCACCGGGAACUACAUGUUUGGAGACAUUGCCCUUGGACAAGAAGACUUUGGAAGAUAAGUCUCUGAAACACAUGCCUUUAGAGGUCAUCCCACCAAAGGCCAAGUUCUAUGAAAGGCAAAUGGAAACAAAAUCUUUGGAAGAUCACAUGUUAAGAUUACAAAAUCUCUGCCGCAUUUGUGGAGUUUCCUUUAAUACCAACAGCUAUGACAUGAAAUACCCAGUCAAUGGCCCUGUUGAUGAUGUCACACAAGAGGUUCUUAGGAAAAUGGGAUAUGGAAAUAGUUUUUGGCCUGAGCUCAUCCACAACACAUUUAAUAUUGAUGUGCGGCUGGACUCAGAGGCCAGACAUCCCACCCACUUUUGCUACAAUUGCUGGCGGAUUGUUAUUCAGACAAUCAACAACACAACUAACGAAGAUGCAUUUUUUCCCAUCAGCACAAUUGUUCAGUGGAAGCCACACUCCAAUUUCUGCAAUGUUUGCAACUUUCGAAAUGGGACUCGCAAACGGAAAGUUCUCAAACGAAGUCCACCAGCCGCAAAGAAGUCCAAAACGGCAGUUGAUAUAUCAAGAAUUACUAAAAGAAAAGAUCAAAGAAAUUCGACAAGUAUUCUAUUGGCCAAGAAGAUUGUUAACUGCAAGAAGAUCCACCUAAAUACAAAACUCCUUAUGCUCGAUUAUCCCAAUAACUUUAUUCAGUCAGUGUCGUGCCAGGUCUGUGAACAUUUACUGGCUGACCCAGUGCAAUCACCAUGCAAGCAUCUUUUCUGCAGAACAUGCAUUCUCAAAUGCACUGCAGUGCUCGGAAAAUAUUGUCCCGUUUGCAGGUUUCCUUGUGAUCCCACAGAGUGUAGAAGCCCAGUAAAAUCAUUUGUAAGUGUUCUCAAUUCAUUGGUUUUAAAAUGUCCGGCGGCAGAUUGUGGAGUGGAGGUGAGACUUGGCGAAUAUCCCAACCAUGCCAAGUAUCACAAAGAGAAAAGAAUGCUGCACGCCUACUCACCAACAAACAAGGGUGGCCGGCCGAGGCAACACUUACUCUCUCUAACUCGCCGGGCUCAAAAACAUCGGCUGCGAUAUCUCAAACUUCAGGUGAAGGCAUUUGCGGACAAGGAGGAAGGUGGUGAUGUGAGGUCAGUGUGCCUUACUCUGUUCGUGCUGGCGUUGAGAGCUGGUAACGAGCACAGGCAAGCAGAUGAACUGGAGGCUCUGAUGCAAGGACAUGGAUCAGGGCUGAAGCCAGCAGUCUGUCUUGCCAUUAGGGUUAGUACCUUUCUAAGUUGCAGUCAAUAUCAUAAAAUGUAUAAAACCGUCAAAGCAACAACCGGGAAGCAAAUCUUCCAACCGCUGCAUGCACUCCGAAGUGCAGAGAAAACCUUGUUGCCGGGUUAUUAUCCAUUUGAAUGGGAACCUCCUCUACCACAAGUCUCUACCAACACUGAAGUAGGGAUAAUAGAUGGCACUUGUGGUUGGCCACACUGUGUUGACGAAUAUCCAAUGGAAACAAUUUCAAGACGGUUUAGGUACGAUGUGGCACUUGUAUCAACACUGAAAGAUCUUGAGGAUAAUAUUUUGGAAGGUUUAAAAUGCCAAAAUAUCGAUGAGUAUUUUGGUGGACCAUUUACAGUAGUAAUCAAAGAAUCUUGCGAUGGAAUGGGCGAUGUUAGUGAAAAACAUGGAUGUGGUCCUCCAGUUCCAGAGAAGGCAGUGAGGUAUUCCUUCACAAUCAUGACUAUAAGCGUGGAGAAUGAAAAUGGUGAGAAAGUGAACGUCUUUGAGGAGCUAAAGCCAAAUUCUGAGUUGUGCUGCAAGCCACUUUGCCUGAUGCUGGCCGAUGAAUCUGACCACGAAACCAUGACGGCAAUCCUGGGUUCCCUAGUCGCCGAAAGAGAAGCAAUGAAAAGCAGUGACUUAAUCCUUGAAAUUGGAGAUUUGCCCAGAUCCUUUAAGUUUAUCUUUCGAGGCACGGGUUAUGAUGAAAAGCUGGUCCGUGAGAUGGAAGGCCUUGAAGCAUCAGGCUCGAUGUAUGUGUGUACACUCUGUGAUGCCACUCGAAGCAACGCUUCACAAAAUCUGACCCUUCAUUCCAUAACAAGAAGCCAUGAAGAGAACUUAGAGCGCUAUGAAGUUUGGCGCACAAAUCCAUAUCAGGAGACAGCUGAAGAGUUACGUGACAGGGUGAAGGGGGUUGCAGCAAAAGCAUUUAUUGAAACACAGACCUCCAUAGAUGCUCUGCACUGUGACAUUGGCAAUGCAACUGAAUUCUACAAGCUAUUCCAGGAUGAGAUUGGGGAGUUGCACAAAAAUCCUAGUCCAUCUAAGGAGGAAAGGAAAAGGUUGCAGGCAAUGCUUGAUAAACAUUUCAGGGAAAAAGUAAACCUGAAACCUAUCAUGAGGCUGAAUGGAAACUUUGCAAGGAAACUAAUGACUGAAGAGACUGUGGAAGCAGUAUGUGAACUGAUGCCUUCUGAAGAAAGACGAGAGAUUCUCAGGGAAUUGAUGCACCUUUACAUUCUCAUGAAACCCGUGUGGCGAUCCACAUUCCCACUCAAAGAAUGCCCGGAUCUUGUUUGUCAGUACAGCUUUAAUUCCCAGAGAUUUGCAGAACUGCUUAAUACAAAGUUCAAGUACAGAUAUGAUGGGAAGAUCACCAACUACCUUCAUAAGACUUUAGCUCAUGUCCCUGAGAUCAUUGAAAGAGAUGGCUCAAUAGGUGCAUGGGCAAGUGAAGGCAAUGAAUCGGGCAACAAACUCUUUCGCCGUUUCAGAAAGAUGAAUGCAAGGCAGUCCAAGAGCUAUGAGCUGGAAGAUAUACUGAAGCACCACUGGUUGUAUACUUCAAAAUAUUUACAGAGGUUCAUGGAAGUGCACAAUGCAGUAAUCAGACAAGAUAAUUCAAUAAAUGAAAAUAAUUCCAAUAAUUUUUAAAUUGAGUUCUUGGAGCUGAAAUCGGUUCUAAAUAAUUUUAACCACAGGAGGCUGAACAGCCGAUGGUCUGGAGGUUUGCCGUGGCCAAGCCUGGGGAGCAGAGAUGGUGUUGAUGAAGAAAUCCCAGUAGUGUUAUUAAAAUAAUAUGGUCACUUUAUGGUGGACAAGGCCAGUGAUAACUGCAUGUCUCAACUGCAGCCAAAGUGGAAAGUAAUCACAAAUUAGUGAGCAUUUUAGUAUUGUUUGGAUCUUGUUAGGCAAUCACAUAAAGCAGGAACAUUGGUUAGAUUCUCUGUUCUGAUAUGAAAGAAAACUGGGCAAGAUGAGGACUUCAAAUGAAGGAGUACUUUUAAUUUUCGCAAUGCCAGAUGAGAACCUUUUAAAUUAAACAAUGGCAUGGUUAUUGAUGGGAAGAAAGUGACGAAGAUCUGCAGUGCCAGUCGAUUGUGAUAUUUUGCUUUUCUGAAUUUUUAUCUAAUUUCUUGAUUUC